AUGAUCAGGAUGUCAUUGGAAAAAGAGACUGUUCUACCGCGUGAUGGGCGGGGCGACGCUGCUGUCCCAGAAGGCCCUGCGUCAGGAGGAGAGGGGGGAGUGGACAGGGUGGGUGGGGUAAUGAUGGCCCCUCACCCUCCCUGUCUGGGACCAACCGGAUUCACCGGCAGCAUGGUUCUAACGGAACAGCCACACCCCCACGGCCCCAAACCAAGAAGUACACACCCCCUAAAGACCAAAAACGGCCUUCAGCCCCCCCCCAACAACCCCCAGGUCUUGCCUCCAGGACAGCAGCGAAUGGGGAAGAGGCGCUACUCCCUGGGCGGCAGCUUCAAGCACCCGGGCUUCGGGAAGCGUCGUCGUCGUGCCAACAGUGACAGUCAAUCAGACCCCGUCCUUCCCUCCAACUUCCUGUUGGGCGGGAACAUCUUCGACCCGCUGAACCUCAACUCUCUAUUGGACGAGGAGGUGAGCCGCGCGCUGAACGCCGAGACGCCCAAGUCCUCGCCCCUACCGGCCCGGGCCAGAGACCCUGUAGAGAUCCUGGUACCGCGUGACAUCACAGACCCCCUGAACCUGAAGAGUGGGGGAGGAGAGGGGGAGGAGGGGGGAGGGGUGCUGGUCUCCCCCAUCAAAAACAGGAAGAGACACCGCAACCGUCACCACGGGGGAGGAGGAGGGGGGGCGCAGCCCGAACCCCCCACACAUGCUGAGGGGUCAAAGGUAGAAGCUGGGGGUGAUUCAGGGACAGGAGGUGAGGUGUUGGCUCUAGCGUCUGUGCCUCUGUUCCCUGUUAGUGAUGCGUUAGCUGCAGUACCGGAGGCUUCCAGAGAGGGCAGUGUAGUGCCACAGUCUCCUCUGCCCUACGAACUCAACACCUCCAUCAACUGUCGGGACGAGGUAGUCCCGCCCAUUCUGCCCCGGAGACACACACACCCGCCGCUUGGAUCUGCCUCUAAACCCCGUCCCCAUGGCGACGGCGGCCAUCGGCAGCGUAAACGGAGGCGUACCACCUCGAUGAGGUCGGACCAUUCGUCGGUCACUCCAACCCCCGCCCUCGCCACUGCCCCACCCAACACCUUCCACACCCCGCUGGUGCCAGGGUCAGGCCUCAGAGGUCAGAGGUCAGGGUCAGCGGUGGGAGGUCAGCAGCAGCCCCAGAGCUCCUUCCGCCACAAUCCCCAGAAGAAGAAAAACCGGUUCCAGCACGGCAACUACAGCCGUUACUAUGGCUACCACGGUUACUACGGUUACCGUGACGGGCAGGUGGGGCGGUUCCAGGACCCUCGUCUGGGCCUGCUUCGACCCGAUUGGUUCAGAGGGAAGACAGUGCUGGACAUUGGCUGCAGCACCGGUCACCUGACCCUGGCCAUCGCACGUCACUUUAGCCCAGCCCACAUCCUGGGUAUUGACGUGGACGGGCGGCUGGUGCACGCCGCUAGGCAGAACAUUCGCCACUUCCUGUCCGAACAACUCACACAGGACACCAGGGGUAGGGAGGAGGGAAGGGGGGAGAGGGAGAGGGGGAGAGGGCGAGAGCGAGAGAGUAAACAGAAAACAGAGACAGCUGAGCAGAGUGGAGGAAGAACACAGAGCGGAACUAAGAUGGCGUCUGGUGAGGAGGAGGAGGAGGAGGAGGAGGGCAAGAGGGAGGAGGAGGAGGAGGACAAGAAGGAGGAGGAGGAAGAGGAGGAGGAGGGCAAGAAGGAGAAGGAGGAGGAGGAGGGCAAGAAGGAGGAGUGUAGCGCUCUAGAGGAGCUGAAGAGAACCCUGUCGUUGCUGUCGCCCUCUAGUGGCCCCCGGGGUGCAGGUCGCCCCCUCCCUCCGUUCCCCAUCUCCUUCAGGGUGUGUCGGGGUCCCAUCGCUGCUCCCCCCCUCCUCCCCCCCUACCCCCUGGCCCAAGGAACACCUGGAACCUUCCCCAACAACGUCUCCUUCAUGACGGUAAGAGAGAGAGAGAGCGAGUGA